UGGGAAGUGUUACUAUUUGUUCACAUUUUUGGCUUCUUUCUUGUUGCUUUAACAUAGCACGUGGAACAACACGGAAACGGACCCUUCGGACCUUGUUAAUCUAAAUCUCUUCUGCCUGCAGAUGGUCCAUAUCCCUCCAUCCCUGUACAUUCAUGAACCCAUCUGAAGGCUUCUUAAAUGUCACCAUCAUUUCGCUCUGCUGCUUGCAAGAUUAAUUGCCUCUGGAAUUCAGGUGUUGGGUCUGGUCGCUGCGUUUGCAGGUGGUGAUAGGGAGGUGGAGUUGAAUCUACAUCGGGGCAACAGUGGACUCAUGAGACCAUGUUGUCUGCUGGAACUUGGGACAUUAAUGAAAUCACAGUCAUUGAGCAAGAUGCUGGAGGAACUCGGUAGGUCAGGCAGCAUCUGUGGAGGAAACAGACCGUCGACAUUUCCGGUCAACACCCUUCAUCAGGACUUAAAGAUGGAGGGGAGAUAGUCUGUGUAAAGAGGUGAGACGUGGUGGAGCAAGAACUGGGAGGUGAUGGAUGGACCCAGGUGAGGAGGAUAAUGAGCAGAUGGAGGAGGGGAAGGUGUGAAUAGUUAUAGGGACUGGGAAGUGAUGGGUGGAGGUGACAGAUGGGUGCAGGUGGUGGAAUCUGUUAGGAGACCAAAGUGAAGCAAGAUUCAAAUGGAGAGAGGUGGGGUGGGCAGAAGGGAACAGUGAGGGAAGGGGCCCAGUGUGAGGGAUAUGUGGGUGAUAGGGCAGAAACAGUGAUGGAGGCUGGGGCGGGUGCUGGAGAGUGUAGGGAUGAAAUCAUAUCUUCCUUUGGCCAGACUUUUCCUGUUACACCCUCCUCUUUGCUGUCUGCAGGGUUUGAACUGGGUGCACUCUGCUUGCUGUCCCACCUAUUUCGCACAUCAUCCCCAUUACACACCAAUAGCAAACUCACAUACCCUUGCUGAACUCCACAUUCUCCCAUCACAGACUGAGGUAAGGUCAUGUUCCCUUGAUAAACUCCACAUUCUCCCAUCACACACUGAGGCAUGGUCAUGUUCCCUUGAUAAACUCCACAUUCUCCCAUCACACACUGAGGCAAGGUCAUGUUCCCUUGAUAAACUCCACAUUCUCCCAUCACAGACUGAGGCAAGGUCAUGUUCCCUUGCUGAACUCCACAUUCUCCCAUCACACACUGAGGCAAGGUCAUGUUCCCUUGAUAAACUCCACAUUCUCCCAUCACACACUGAGGCAAGGUCAUGUUCCCUUGAUAAACUCCACAUUCUCCCAUCACCCACUGAGGCAAGGUCAUGUUCCCUUGAUAAACUCCACAUUCUCCCAUCACACACUGAGGCAAGGUCAUGUUCCCUUGUUAAACUCCACAUUCUCCCAUCACACACUGAGGUAAGGUCAUGUUCCCUUGAUAAACUCCACAUUCUCCCAUCACACACUGAGGCAAGGUCAUGUUCCCUUGAUAAACUCCACAUUCUCCCAUCACACACUGAGGCAUGGUCAUGUUCCCUUGAUAAACUCCACAUUCUCCCAUCACACACUGAGGCAAGGUCAUGUUCCCUUGAUAAACUCCACAGUCUCCCAUCACACACUGAGGCAAGGUCAUGUUCCCUUGAUAAACUCCACAGUCUCCCAUCACACACUGAGGCAAGGUCAUGUUCCCUUGAUAAACUCCACAGUCUCCCAUCACACACUGAGGCAAGGUCAUGUUCCCUUGAUAAACUCCACAGUCUCCCAUCACACACUGAGGCAAGGUCAUGUUCCCUUGAUAAACUCCACAUUCUCCCAUCACAGACUGAGGUAAGGUCAUGUUCCCUUGAUAAACUCCACAUUCUCCCAUCACACACUGAGGCAAGGUCAUGUUCCCUUGAUAAACUCCGCUGUCUCCCAUCACAUACUUGAGGUAAGGUCAUGUACCCUUGAUAAACUCCACAUUCUCCCAUCACACACUGAGGCAAGGUCAUGUUCCCUUGAUAAACUCCACAUUCUCCCAUCACACACUGAGGCAAGGUCAUGUUCCCUUGAUAAACUCAUUCUCCCAUCACACACUGAGGCAAGGUCAUGUUCCCUUGAUAAACUCCACAUUCUCCCAUCACACACUGAGGCAUGGUCAUGUUCCCUUGAUAAACUCCACAUUCUCCCAUCACACACUGAGGCAAGGUCAUGUUCCCUUGAUAAACUCCACAUUCUCCCAUCACACACUGAGGCACGGUCAUGUUCCCUUGAUAAACUCCACAUUCUCCCAUCACACACUGAGGCAAGGUCAUGUUCCCUUGAUAAACUCCACAUUCUCCCAUCACACACUGAGGCAUGGUCAUGUUCCCUUGAUAAACUCCACAUUCUCCCAUCACACACUGAGGCAUGGUCAUGUUCCCUUGAUAAACUCCACAUUCUCCCAUCACACACUGAGGCAUGGUCAUGUUCCCUUGAUAAACUCCACAUUCUCCCAUCACACACUGAGGUAAGGUCAUGUUCCCUUGAUAAACUCCACAUUCUCCCAUCACAUACUUGAGGUAAGGUUACAUCCCUUGGUAAACUCCCCGUUCUCUUACUACAUCCCAAUCACUAUUGACAGCAAUGUUUUGCUCCCCCGCUGGAGCAG